AAUAAUUUGCCACGUAUUAACUCAAAGGAACGCAACCAUUUGACGCUUAACUUUUCAAAACGUUAAGUGAUUUGAAAGAUCGAAUGUUCAAAGUUUGGAGCCAUCAACUAAUAAAAGUUGCACAAAAUAAUUUGCCACGUAUCAACUCAACGGACGAAGCCAUUUGACGCUUAACUUAUCAGAAUGUUAAGAAAUCUGAAAGAUCGAAUGUUCAAAGCCUCAAUCGUCGACCAGUAAAAGAACGUUAAGUGAUUUGAAAGAUCGAAUGUUCAAAGUUUGGAGCCAUCAACUUGUAAAAGUUGCACAAAAUAAUUUGCCACGUAUCAACUCAACGGACGAAGCCAUUUGACGCUUAACUUAUCAGAACGCUAAGAAAUCUGAAAGAUCGAAUGUUCAAAGCCUCAAUCGUCGACCAGUAAAAGAAUUUGUUCAUGCUAGCUGCAUGCAAUCCGAACAUACGUAUGGAGAUCAAUGGGAUGGAUGGAAAACGGUCUGUCGGUCGUCUGCUUUUUGCAGUAAAACAUGUAGUUUUAUAGUCUGCGCACAGACAAUAGAGUGAUUUAGCAAACACGACGUUUCGUCUAAGACGUCGUCAAAUAUUUGCGAGAGAUCUGGGUCUAGGACGCCACCACGUCGUAAAGUAUUUAUCAUUUAGCAAAUCUUUUCAAGGACUUCGUAAAAUGAUAGUAUGAAACAAGUUUCAUCCAUUUCAGCAAAAAAUCAUCGUGACAGUUUUGAUUUAUUCCAAGUUCUUCCUUCAAAACCUAAUCAUUUUUUCGUUGAACGCACUGAAUUACGAGAUAAAAUUAUAAAAGAUCUUGAAAAAUUAAGGAAUGAUAACAAUGAUAAACUGACAUAUUUUUACAUCACUGGUAAUCCUGGCAGUGGUAAAUCACAACUUGCAAGACAGGUUUGUGAAAAAUUAUCCUGUGAUUGGAAAAAUAGAACAUCGUUUGUAAUGACUAUCGAUGGAAAAAAUGAGGAAUCUCUUAUAAGAACUUACUGUGAACUUGGAUACCGUUUAAACUGUGACAAAUAUAUGAUUGAAAAAUUUGAAAAUGAAAACUGUUCCAUCACAGACAAAGUGAAGAAUUUGCGAUCGUUAUUAUCCACACGAUUAAAAUUAUGGCAAAAUUGGUUGAUCAUUGUAGACAACGUGGUACAGCUUGGAAAAAUUUCUUCAUUACUUCCCCAAGUUGGUGAUCCCAUGUGGAGAAAUGGACAAAUUAUAGUAACCAUCCAGGACACAGAUGCCGUCCCUCAAGACGAUGAGUUUAACAAACAUAUUUCUAUCAGAAGUGGAAUGAAUAAUAGGGAAUGUUUUCAACUGUUAAAGCAUUACACUAUUGAACAUUCUGAUGAUCAAUUGUUGAAUGAAGUAUUGCACGCAUUAGAUCGUCAACCGCUGGCUUUGGUUGCUGCUGGUUGUUAUUUCAGUCGUGUAAAAAAAGUCAACUGUUCAUUUACUUGGAGUCAAUAUUUAAAGAAAAUAUGUUCAGAAGAAGAAGAAAGCAUGGACGACAUUUUUGUUAAAUAUAACUCGGUAUAUCCAAGAAGUAUGUUACAAGCUUCACUUUUAGCUGUCAGACAAAAUGCUGAAGAAUCCUCAAUAUUGGAAAAUGUUAUUAACUUUUUUUCUAUGAUAUCGUUUGAUCUUAUACCACGAGACAUUAUUGUUUUUUAUGUUCAAGAAAUUGAUCCCAAACACUCAAAGGAAGAUAUAUAUCUUUGUUUAAAUGACUGCUCAUUGUUCUUGCAUUCAGAAAAUAAUGACAUUAGUCUACAUCGUAUUGUUCACAAAGCAGUUAUUGUGUAUCAAUCUGAACAUUCAAAUGAAGAACAUGAAAUGGAAACUAACGUUGAUCAAAUAUCCAAAGCACUUUACAUGUUUAAAGAGAGAGACGACGAAAUCAAAUUAAUGCCACAUCUUGAAAAAAUUGUUCAAUUAUUAAAGACCAACAAGACGAAAAUCUACAUGAACACUUUACAAGUUUUUCAAUAUUUUGUUGAUAGAUUAAGACAUUUUGGGAAAUACGGUCUUGCUCUUGGAUUAUUGGAUAAAUUUAAAUCAGAACUAUCUAGUUAUGACAAAGCUUGGUAUUUUAGUACCCUCGGUCUUUUAUACCAUGACACUGGGAAGUAUAGCAAAGCAAAAAAUCAUCAUGAAAAAGCUCUGGAAAUUCAAAAACAAUCGUUAGGUCCAAAUCAUGUUGAUGUCGCUACGUCUUUAAACAAUCUGGGUAAUGUGCUUGAAAAUACUGGAAACUACGACAAAGCUAUAGAGUUUUACGAAAGAGCUCUGGAAAUUAGAAAACAAUCGUUAGGUCCAAAUCAUGUUGAUGUCGCUACGUCUUUAAACAAUCUUGCUAAUGUGCUUGAAAAUACUGGAAACUACGACAAAACAAACAAAAGAGCCAAAGCAAUAAUUAAAACGCACUUGUGA